AUGGCAUCUUCGCCCGCUCAGUCUCCAGCCAAGAAAGGCAGGCGGAUGCAGAAAUACCGCGCAGAGUGGGAGAAGGAGUUCUCUUGGCUACACAAAGUGCAGGAUAACGCUCUGAAGGCGCGCUGCAGCGCUUGCAACAGGGACUUCUCCGUUUCUCACGGUGGGGUGUGCGAUGUGAAGCAGCACGCGGCGGGAGGAGGGCACAUUCGCAGCAUUCGAAUGCAGAACCAAAAGCGAGCCGAGUUUCUAAAAACUGAUGGCUCGCCAGAAGCAGAUAAGGUGGAGUAUCUUUCUCUCUUACCUCUCCGCGUGGCCGCUGCGGAAGAUGGGCCUGGAAACUCGGCAGAGACAUUUCGGUUCAGUCGUGAGCCCACCUUGGAAGACAUCCGAAGCCUCCAGACUGCGUUUGCUGCCGAGAGGGGCUGGGGAAAGUACCACCAGCCUCGGAACCUGCUUCUUGCCCUCGUCGGGGAGGUGGGGGAAGUGGCCGAGCUCUUCCAGUGGCGGGCCGAGGCCCCUGAAGGCCUACCAGAUUGGACAGAAUCGGAGCGUGAGGCCCUCUCUGAUGAACUCAGCGACGUCCUCAUUUACCUGGUGGCCCUGGCAGACAAGUGCCGCGUGGACCUUCCUUCUGCCGCCCUCCGUAAAAUAGAGAAGAACCACCUCAAAUACCCGGCUGAGAAAGUCUACGGCUCGUCCAAGAAGUACACGGAGUAUCAGAAGUAGGACUUGCCACUGCCUGUUCCGGAGCAGGAGGACAGAAACGUCCCUGUGGCCUUGAAAGGUUCCUUGGCUCUAGUUGCAAGUCAGGAGGGACAGAGGAUGUUGUUGUGAUUUUAGGCCUCGUCCAGGUUUUCGGUUCCAAGGGUGCCCCUGCCUCCUUUUAGCCAUUGCAGGAUAAGUCCUGCUAUCCGGUUAGUGUGUAAUGGAUUGGGAGGGGAAGCGUAAGCUGUGCUGCUGUUCCUUCCUUGCCCCUCCUUAACAAAACAGAUUGUUGUCUGCUCCAGUUGCCUCCAGGAACAAACUAACCGAACGGGCAAAAGGGCGGUGCAGGCCCUUGUGCCCGUCUUGCCCUUUCAGACAUUGCCUUGAAAAGGCAGCUGAACUUCUGGACACUGUGGCGCGGGGCUGCUCAAAUGUCAGGGGGAAGCUGGAUGUUACAGAGCAGACUGCGUGCGGCAGCCUCACUGUUUGUCUAUUCCUGGGGAGAGCGGCCCCUUUGGGCAGGGGUAGAAGGCUGCGUAGCCCUUUUGGUUCCAGCCACGGAGCAGGAUGCGUCCUUUCUGUCCAUGUGUGGAAAAGCAGCUGAGCCGUGGCUGAUUUUGAGUGACAAAAAGCAGGAAGGGAAGGGGUUAAGCAGCCCAUCUUGCUCCCCCCCCCCAAGCCGUUCCUCUGCUCAGGUUGGUGGUCUCCGCUGUGUCCUUGGUUA